CGAUCACGAUCCAGUUGUACAGAGAGCUCAUAAUGCACCAGCCAUAGCACUUUGGAUAAUAACAGGCCGUGCAGCAUCACUCGCUAGAAAAGAGAGAGAAAUAUCCGCCAACGAACAAAGGGGUACAUUUGCCAUGGAUACAAGACAACUCAAGGAUACUGACAGUGGAUAUGCCUGGGUUGUUCUGCUUGCUGCAACCUUUUCCAACUUCAUCAUAGGGAUGUUGUUAUAUUCGCCUGGCGUAUUCAACACCGCCAUCUUGGAAGAGGUAGAAAAUGACCUUUCGCGGACAUCUUGGAUCGGCUCCACUUUGGUUGGAACGACCACGUUGUCAGGUCCUAUAGCUGGAGUUUUUACAAGCAGAUUUGGCUGCAAAGCGGCUUCCUGUCUUGCAGGAACGUUGGUUCUGAUUGGUCUGUGUGUAUCGUCCUUUAUAAAGAGCGUCAAUGGUCUUUUGUUCACGAAUGGCAUCCUGACAGGUUUGGGAGCAGGUCUAGCAAUAAAUGCAGCAGGUACCAUACCUGGACUCUACUUUGAAAAACGCCUCCCUCUUGCAUUUGGCGUCUCGACAGCCGGAACCGCCAUGGGAUUGUUUGCUGGAGGCCCUUUAGUUGCCAUAUUACUAAAAACCUAUUCUCUCAGUGGUUCGUUUCUCAUCUUUGCUGCCAUAGGGAGUCACCUCUGUGUCGCAGGAUCUCUGAUGAGGCCAAGACAACAAGCUACAGUCAACGUUAUCGUCCCAGAUCAACUGCAUGAUUACCAGUCAGUCACGCUCUUUGUUGAAGGUAACAAACAUCAGGAUGAAUCGAGUAACUUGACGGAAGAACAGGAGCACUGUGAUGCUGGUGUAAAAUCUGACUUUAUUGACAAUAGGAGGAAUGGUUUGGAUGACCAUAAUAUGCAGGACAAUAAUCAAAUCAAGGUGACCGAAAAGAAACCAGGGAGUUGCGAGGAAAGAAAAUAUUCAAGAAAUCGUUUUUUGAUCGUAGAAAAAGAAAACAACAUGAAAACAGAUUCAACACUUUUACAUUCCAACACUCUUAAUUCAAACUUGCAAAAAAGAUGGUGGAGUUAUGUUAAAAGAAACAUGCCUCUGAUAACAGCGAAUGGAUUUCUUUUCUACAACAUCAGUCUGAUGUUCUUAGGUCUGGGUGAAAAUGCUAUCCUUUUCCAUCUGCCAAAUUAUGCUUACUCUAAGAGCAGCACUCGCAUUCAGUCCGCAAAUCUCUUCACCGCAAUGGGUCUGACUAGCCUUGUGUCGAGAAUAUUCACAGGCAUGAUAUCAAACGACAAGGAUGUAAGUAUCAUCUUGCUCCAUGUUAGCUGUCUGGGAAUAAUAGGAAUCCUGGCUCUGGUGUUCCCGCUUUACUCACACACCUAUUCUCUGCAGAUGGUGUUCAGCGCCUUGUAUGGCCUGUAUGGGGGAGGCCUUCAUUCUAUCAUCAGCCCAAUGACUGUGGAAUGUGUAGGGGUAGCUAAUCUCGCUGUUGGAUUUGGAGUAGCUAAUUUCGCCAUAGGAAUCGGAUAUAUUCUUGGUCCACCUGUAGCAAGUAUCAUCUAUGAAAGCAGUAAGGUCUACGAUAACACUUACUUCUUUGGAGGUGGAUGUCUUAUCGCAGGUUCAGUAUGUGCAGCUGUUGUGCCAGUGUACAGGAGGUUACAUGGAUCCUCAUAAAUGGAGAUUACUUUUGAGUGAAUGAGUCCAUUAGAACACCCGUACGAUAAUCAGCAGUCGUUACAACUUCACAGGAGGCACCGUUGUCCCACUCGUUUGAGGCACACUUGACCACAGUUACGUCCACUUUGGCGUGCCAGGAAACAUUCCAUCAUGGUUUCGGAUUCUGGUUCACCUUGAUUAUCUUUUCAGAUAUGCCCCCACCAUAUCCGUGAUCAUGGGUUUCACCAAUGUGGUAAAUGUCUUAAGACAACACAUCAGACAGACAUUAUAUGAUACAACUUAAAUAAAGUUCAACAGCAUGGUAGUUGUAUGGCUGCCUUUAUGCUAAUAUAGGAGGAAAACUGAAAGUUAUAUAGGCUGUAACUGAAGACAGUUUUCAUAAAACCUACGAGACCCUUGAAGAUCCGGGCUAGAAUAUGUCUUCAGCAACCCAUGCUUGUUGUAAGAGGCGACUAACGGGUCAGACUCCCUGACUUGAUUGUUGCAUGUCAUCGUAUCCCAAUUGCG